CCUAGCCUUGGUAGAUAGAGUUGCUUGGUACUUGUUGCUGGUGGGAAGUGGCAGGUAUCCCUGGAAUUUGUCGAGGUGCACGCAAGCUAGCCUGGACAGCAGAGUUAUUAAAAAAAGAGUUGAAAUUGGAAGCUGUGGAGGUGCGGUUUUGAUUUUAGAAAUCUUCAUGCAAAAUAAAUAAGUCGGAUUGAAGCUUUUCUGUAGUAGCGUCUUUAUCAGAAAAAAAUAUGGAGGCUCCAAAAUUUGUUGGACUUGUAGACUUGAAUCAAAACCUGUGGCAAAUUUUUUAUCAUAAGCUUGGCGAGGGGUCAAACAUGUCUAUUGAAGGUUAUGGGAUGAGCAAUGCUGAUGGUUCUGGUGCAAUGUCGGUGGAUAACAGCAGUGUUGGAUCAAAUGAUUCUCACACUCAUAUUCUAAACCAUCAGGGUAAUCACAUCCACAAUAACUACUCUGUUGCUGCUAGCGUAGUGAGGGGCAGAGUUUCUAGGUGGAGUGAUGAUGCCCUUGCGCAGGCCUUGGUUGAUCCUCAAUUCCCCACCAUUGGGCUUGAGAUUUAUCAUGAGUGGACAAUUGACUUGAGGAGGCUUACCAUUGGACAAGCAUUUGCUCUAGGAUCUUUUGGAAAACUCUAUAAGGGAACUUAUAAUGGUGAAGAUGUAGCCAUCAAGCUUCUAGAGAGGCCAGAAUAUGAUCUUGCGAAGGCUCACUUUAUGGAGCAUCAAUUUCAGCAUGAGGUCAUGAUGUUGGCAAAUUUGAAGCAUCCAAAUAUAGUACGAUUUAUUGGUGCAUGCCGUAAAGCCAUGGUGUGGUGUAUCUUGACUGAAUAUGCAAGAGGGGGAUCAGUGCGUCAGUUCCUCACGAGGCAGCAAAACCGAGCUGUGCCAUUGAAGUUAGCUGUUAAGCAGGUCUUGGAUGUGGCAAGGGGGAUGGAGCAUGUGCAUGGCCUGAAUCUGAUUCACCGAGAUCUGAAAUCCGACAAUCUACUGAUUGCUGCUGACAAGUCAAUCAAGAUAGCAGACUUUGGUGUUGCUCGAAUUCAGGUGGUCAGGAUGCUUGAGGCGGCAGAGACAGAAAUCAUGACUAAUAUCAGAACGGCACGUUUCAGGUGCUGCCCUCGUCCUACGGCUACAGGGAAAGAGGAAACUGGAGGCAAAAGGUGUUGAAUGGCAAAACUGAUUUUACUAUUCCCUAUUAUUUAUUGUUGUUACUGUUCUUUUCUCCAUUAGAAUUACUUGGAACAAACCAAGUAGCUUUGGUUUUGGUUUAAUAGAAAAUGUGUUUUGGAGAAAAGAACCAAUUUAGUUUUCACUAUCAUCAAAGGUUGCACUGAAAUGAGUAGUAUCUCUCAAAUUUUAAUCAUAGACUAAUAGUCAUA